CAGGAAGAGAAGGCGUUGCACUACCUAUCCUGCAUCAUCAAUCACGUGGAGGAGGUGGGUUGAUAGGUAGUCAGUUAGCGAGUUGGGCAUUUGUGGAAGGGUUUGCGUGUCAUCUCCGCAUCCGUGUGUGAACAAGUCAAAACUGCUAUCCUCCUGCGUCUGCACGUUACUGCGGUGAUUGUAGGUUUGAGAGAGCGCGCCGUGUGUAUAUUUCUGGUAGGGGUAGGUGUGUUGGAGCUACCACCAAUUCCUGGCGCUCGGGUCGGGUCUAGAAUCGACCAUCCGAUUUCAUCUAGUUUAUGUGUAUUCCACGGCCAAGUAGCUGAGGUACUCUCCCCAUGCCCGCGCUCCUCUUUUCGAAACGUUCCCCAUCCCCUCCCCUUAAUACAAGGUGUACGCGAAAGAGCGCAAGGAUUCCGUGGCCGUGGAGCUCUCUUACCCGAGUGAAANCUGCUAUCCUCCUGCGUCUGCACGUUACUGCGGUGUACGCGAAAGAGCGCAAGGAUUCCGUGGCCGUGGAGCUCUCUUACCCGAGUGAAAGGCAUCAGAUCACAAAACCGUGCGGGCAAGUCCUUUACUACAUUGCAGGGUGGGCGGCCAGCAAGGCUUGGACGCAUCACAGAAGACACAACCUUUCCCAGGAUUGGGUGCGUGUCGUCCAACACAACACUCGCCGGUCCAGAGGGGAGGCGAUAUGUACUGAUUCUAUGCUGAGAGAUUUCGCAGCAAAGGCGAUUCGAAGAACGAUAUGAAGAACGGUCCGGGCCUUCUUUACCCUACGAUGGAGUGGGUAGAGUUCGUGUAUGCCGUGGAGAACGGCAUAUUCCAUUAAAAAAAAAACAUCUUCCUUGCUGCUUGCCUCGGAGACUUGCCAGCCGAGAUUUUCAAAGUUGUAAGCGAGGCGGAGGUCGUCAAGGAAAUGUGGGGAAACUGCUGCCUCCCUGGUCCUCCUGCCAUCGAUCCUAGUGUAUCCCAAGAGAUGUUUCUUUCGUUGUCGGGAAAAUCCUCAACGUGCGAAUGGGUGACUUCGCGAAGAGUGCAAGGGAGAAUAUUUCCCUCAAGUUCUCGAAGGCCGCGCAUGCUUUGCGGCAACAGCUGAACGCACGGGUCGGGACAAAUGGAGGGGCGGGGGCCGGUAGUGGCGAAGCAACGGGGGUUGCACAGGGGCCGCAGG